CACCUAUACUACAACUACUACUACUGCUGUACUGUACUAUAGCCUUAACAAUGCUAUACAGCUAUAUAACAGCUGUACAAUACAUACAACACAACAACAACAACAACAGCAACACAUAUUGUAUAUACGCUAUGAAUGUUUGACAAACAGCUGACAUUAAAUCCUAAAAAAGUAGUAGUAUUUAGACAAUAGACUCAUUGAUAUACUAUAUAUAUGUUUGGACACAACCUAUUCAUACUAAAUGACCGACUGAUACACUGUAUGUAUAAAUAUAAAUAGAUUAUGCGAUUAUAAUAAUUAAAGUAAAAAUAAAAUAGUGUGAUGUCUUGCGGCAAACGAUUGGCUAAGCGGUCAAUAGUGGGCACUCGGGUUAGCGCACCGUUUGAUGGCCACUACUUUUCCGCAGUGAUUACCCGCGUAAAGAGCGGUUCGCCACUGGACUCAGUGGACACCCUUUAUAGUGUACUAUUCGACAGAGCUAUUAAUGGUCGGCGAGUUUUAUUAGAUUUUCGGGCCAAUCAGCUGAUUGGUUCAGGUUUUCAGCCGAUAACUGCCGUCACACUCAAAGCCGGCCAAAAAGUCUACAUUACGUACAAUGGACGAGAAGUAUCGGCUGCGGUCGACUCGCACGACCCGUCGUCGGCGGCCAAUGAAGUUUCGCUAAUAGUCGAUCAACCGAUGGUCAACAAUGAUAUUUGCGUCCGACUACCUCUAGCCGAGUGCCGAUUGAAUGAAAGUCGCAAAUCUGCUCGACUUCUUGAAUGUGAUACCGACUACUCAAAGCUGGCCAAUGAUGGCCAUCACACCCGACAGCGGACCGCAUCCAUAGACACACCAAACGCUUAUAAUAAUAGAAAGCGAAGACCCAGUAAUGUUGACGACGACGACGACUACAAUGUUAUGGACGACUGUAUGGCUGCGAUGGUACUCAUGAGUCUGUCUUGUAGUCCAAAAUCACCAUCAAUUGACACUCGAUUGAAAAAGACAUUACCGGCUAAUACAAAACAAAAGCUUUUUAAUAAUAAUAAUAAUAAUAAUAUUACCGGUAAUUAUAAUAAUAAUGAGAGUUUGACUGAUAGUGUCGAUGAAGGCAUUGAAAUGGACGAUAUGAUUGCAUUUGCUUUCGAUGAUAUCAAGAGUCAAACAACAAGUAUGAUAAUAUAUAAGUGUACAUGGCCUGGAUGUCGAUUGCAAUAUGAAACGUGUGACCAAAUUGAGCAACACGUGCGCACAAUGCACCUGGGGAAAAUUGGUGAUAAUAGCGAUCGCGAGGAAGAGUUUUAUUAUACGGAAGUCGAGUUACGCACACAAUCAUCAAAGAGAUCAUCAAUAAGUAAUAGUUCGUCAUUUAGUACGACAGAGUCAUCAUCGGCGGAGUCAUCGCCACAUCCAUCACCCGGUCCUCAAUCGCCAGCUGCUGCUGUCGGCUCUGGUGGUGAUCAUAACUGUUGUAAAUCUGAUGAAAUCCAGUCACCGAUACCGUCACCGCAUGUAUUCACUGCUGGUUGUUGUUCAUCGUCUGCACCGCCAAUAGUAUGGCAUCAUCUCAACGAUCACGAGUAUCUGAAACCAUACUGUCGUCAUCAGCAGUCGUCAGCACAUCAAUCAUCACUGCAAACACCGGCAAACACUGCUUUCCAAUGGUUUGCCGGUAAUAUUAACUCAAAUACCUGUUUAAACAAUAAUAAUAAUACUAUUGAUAAUAAUAACAAUAACAAUGGGAUGACCACUUUGCCCAUUAACAUACCGUCGUCAUCAUCAUCAUCACCACCAACAGCAACAACAACAAUAAGCACACCAUUUAACGCACAAUUGUAUUCAAUGUCAGCACCGGUAUCUCUAAACACUGAUGAUAAUCAUCAUCAGCUAUCGAAAUCAUUUAACAAAUAUAUCAAAAUGAAUAGCACAACAAAAGUUGGUGCCAUUAUAUCAAAGGGCUUAUCAUCUAAUAAUAAUAAUAAUGUCAUCAAACCAUUAGCUGCCAAAAGAGUGAGAGGCGAGAGUCGUAAAUGUCGUAAAGUCUAUGGUUUGGACAAUAGGGACAACUGGUGUACACAAUGUAAAUGGAAAAAGGCGUGCACCCGAUUUACCGAUUGAUUGACCAAUUGGUCAGUUAUUAUUAACCAUUUGGCAC